AUGUGGUUAGCAGCGCUAGUAGUAUUGUUAGUGAUCUGCUUAUUCCUCUAUUUGGACACAAUCAAGCCAAAAAAUUUUCCGCCAGGGCCAAAAUGGAUCCCCAUUUUUGGUUGUGCUAUCGAAAUCUACAAACUCCGGGAAAAAUCUGGAUAUUUGUACAAAACAGUCAAAGAGUUAUCAGAUAAAUAUUGUAAAAAUGGUCCGGUACUCGGUAUCCGGAUUGGAAAAGACAGAAUGGCCAUGGUUAAUACUCUUGAAGCGAACAAAGAAAUGCUUUUUAACGAAGAUAUAGACGGAAGACCUAAAGGUAUUUUCUACCAAACAAGAACGUGGGGAAUGAGAAGAGGUGUUCUUCUCACAGACGGUGAACUCUGGAAAGAACAGAGACGAUUUCUGUUGAAACACCUUAAAGAGUUUGGAUUUGGUCGUAGAGGAAUGGCAAACAUUGCUCAAUUAGAAGCCAUUCAUAUGGUGAAAGAUGUCAUGUCGCAAAUAAACUUGAACAAUAACGGGUCUGGAAAUAUCCAGAUGCACAAUUUCUUCAACACUUACAUCUUGAACACUUUAUGGACAAUGAUGGCUGGUCUACGAUAUGAAGCUUCCGAUCCACAAAUGCAGGUACUUCAAGCAAUGUUAUUCGAUUUGUUUAAAGCUAUUGAUAUGGUUGGGACAGCUUUUAGUCAUUUUCCUAUACUAAGCAUAAUUGCUCCUACUGCUUCGGGCUACAAGGACUUCAUGCGGAUACAUAAGAGAAUAUGGCGUUUUCUUCGUGAAGAAAUAGGUAGGCAUAAGGAAAACUUUGACCCUGAGAAAGAAGACAAGGAUUUUAUGGACGUGUACUUGAGGGUUCUGAAGGAGAACGGAGAAGUGGAAUCAUACUCGGAGGGUCAGCUAGUGGCGAUGUGUAUGGACAUGUUUAUGGCGGGAACUGAAACAACUAGCAAGAGUAUGAGUUUCUGCUUCAGUUACAUGGUUAGAGAGCAACAUGUGCAGAGGAAGGCUCAAGAAGAGAUCGAUCGUGUUGUAGGAAGAGACCGGAUGCCUUGUUUAGACGACCGAGUUAACUUGCCUUAUAAUGAGGCUGUAGUGUACGAAUGUAUCCGUCACUUUAUGGGACGUACUUUUGGUGUCCCUCAUCGGGCUUUGAAAAACACUACGCUUGCUGGGUACUUCAUACCAGAGGACACAAUGGUCGUCAGCAACUUCACCAAUAUCUUGAUGGACGAGAACAUGUAUCCUGAUCCAAUGGCUUUCAAUCCUGAGCGGUUUCUAUCAGAUGGGAAGCUCUGUCUACCUGACUACUACUUCCCAUUCGGGCUGGCGAGACAUCGGUGCAUGGGAGAAGUGUUGGCAAAGUGCAAUAUUUUCGUCUUUACCACUACAAUGCUGCAGAGGUUUUCUUUCCUGCCAGUACCUGGAGAGCCACCGUCCUUGGACCACGUCGACGGGGUAACGCCUUCAGCGGCGCCUUUUAAAGCUGUCGUGUUGCGAAGAAUGUGA